AUGUCAACUGACAAGUUACAGACUGUUGGACGGGAGAGCAAAACCCUGACAUGCAUCUUGUUUACAGAACUGAAUAUCCAUCUUCUCCUUGAACGCGCUUUCCUGAACUUUCCUGGUUAUUCAUUGCUUUUUACUCAAAAGCAAGCAAGUGCUACAGAGCAACUCCAUGAUUUCCGCAGUAGAUCUUCCUUUUCAAGAGACGCAAAGCGUUUUCACGAAAAAACAUACUUCUUGAAGCUUACCAGUGAAAGGAAGAAGGCCUUCGCUGCGGAGUUAUUUAUUAGGAAAUGCCAACUGACCGUUUACAGACUAUUAAACAGGGAAGCAAAACUCUAA